AUGGCUGAAUUGAAAAUUACAUUAAUUAAUGAAGAUGGGGAAUCAACAAUAAGUGGUAAAGCUCAUCCAGCACCAACCCCCCGUAUUCUUCCAACACCAUAUUUUAUGAGUUUUACCGAAUACAAAAUUGAAGGUAAGCUUUGGGACAAAAAGGAAUUUCAUAUAAAAUCAGGUAAAAUUGAAUUCAACGGAAAAGAAUUUGAUAUUCCUGAAUCCCAGGGUACUUGGAUUAAAGAUAACGUAGAAAUCAUUAUUAGAAUAUUUCUAAGUCAACAAGCUAAUAAACCUUUUUCCUUAGAUUUUUAG